AGAUAUUUCCGCCGUCUCGUCAAUGAAUUUUAUAUUUUUAGGCCAAAUUCUUAUCUCUCAAAAUCGAGUUGUGUAAAAAACUAGAGUCCAUUGUGAUUAUUCAGCUCUUGUCAGCUUUAAAAUAAGAUGGGCGAUUUUCCGAACGCAUUGCGCAGCGCUUGGCUCCCACGAAACCCGAAGGUUCGGGGGUUUCUUUUGGACAUCACUGGCGUUUUGUACGAAAGUGGUGGAGAAGGUGGGAAAGUGAUUCCUGGUUCGGUUGAAGCUAUUCAGCGCAUUCGAAAUUCUGGGGUCCCGGUGAAAUUUCUCAGCAACGAAACCCAGACGUCUAGGAUUGGAAUCGUGAAAAAGUUACGAAAGCAUGGUUUUGACUUGUGCGUGGACGACAUCAUCACACCGUGUCCCGCAGUGGUGGCUGCUCUCAAUGAACGCCAACUGAGACCUUACUUGGUCGUUCAUCCGGAUGCCCUUCCCGAGUUUGAUGAGAUCAGCACCAAUGAACCCAAUUGUGUGGUUAUAGCUGAUGCGGCGCAUCACUUGUCGUACGAGAACCUCAACACCGCAUUUCGUGUUUUGAUGAAUUCGGAGGAGAAGAUUUUGUUUACCUUGGGGAAAGGAAAAUUUUACCAAGAAGAUGGUGAGCUGACUUUGGACGUGGGACCAUUCGCAACAGGACUCGAGUAUGCCUGUGGCGUGACUGCGGAAGUGAUCGGGAAACCCUCGGAAUCGUAUUUCCUCGAAGGCGCCAAACGCCUCGGGAUGAGACCCGAAGAAGUCGUGAUGAUCGGUGACGAUAUCGAAAGUGAUGUUGGAGGAGCGAUGAAGUUGGGGAUGACGGGAAUACUUGUCCGAACUGGAAAGUACCGUCCGACGAACGAGAAUCACCAAGUGAAGCCGGAUGCCGUCGUGGACAAUCUCCAUGCCGCGAUUGACCAAUUUUUGGAGUAGAAAAGACCGCACAUGGCUCUCGAAACAAACUCCCUUGAUGAUCAUCUGUUACGUUGGAGAUACCCUCGGGGGCGAGACUCGCGUUGUUCGAGUGCUAUGUAGUCAUUAUCUCAUAUCGUCCUUUUCAAAAAGAGCGUCGGAAUAUUUUCGAAAUCGGAACUUAAUCAAAUCACACCUCGGAAGCCUGCGUUUUCCUUGACAACGAUCAUAGGCCUUUUGCGUGGGUUCUCGAGAUAUUGCGAGAAAAAUAAGAAAGAAGCCGUGUUUCCCUGGAAAUAAGACUAGUCUUAUUCUGCUUUGCUUCUCCGAAGAAGUGGCUCAUUUUUCAAGACGUGUUUUUGUGUGCUAAGUGGGGAAAUUCCGGUCCAAUUUUCGAAGUUGGAAUGGAUGAUGGUGAGUCCAAUUUUUGCAGUGAAUUUGUUGUGCAUUCAAUCCCCACGCAAUUCAAAGCUUCAUUUUCUGAAUCGAAAUUUUACUUUGACAUCGCUUCAAUCAUGACAACUCUAUUUUUGGAUGACUUCCUCAUUAACAGAUGCUUGUGAAUAUUUUUCGGAAAGGUCGUAUUUUCGGGGAAUCGCGGUAAUAUUUUUAUAAUGAAGCUCUAGUGAACAAAUAUUUAGGCUUCGGCGAGGUUUAUGAUGCAUUCACUUGCAUGCGAAGAAAUUAUCUUGAAUUUUGAUGUUCGCUAAUAAUCCGGAAUAUGGAUGGUUCCAUAAUCAAAACUCAGUGAAUCAGGCUUUUUCUCUUGAUGUUCACAAUCCCGUGAGUACCGUAAUUGUUGUCUUUUUGGAAAUGUUUACAGAGUUCAUCGAAGUAAGUGCGUGUUUAUCCUCUUGGAAAUGCUCAUUAGUUAUGCUCAGAGGGAGUUCACCUAUGGGUUGUAUUCGAAGUCCAUUGACAAAAGAAAAUGUUUUGUUCUGUUCAAGUCGUUAUGGAAUGUGUUCGAUUGGAAAGCUUAAAAUUGCACUGAUUUCCAGCGUUUUAAGAAUUUUCUGUUUGAAAAGACGUUUUCCACGGUUGCUUAUCUACACGAUUUACAACCGUUAAUGCAAAUAGUUUAAUCGAAAUGUCACAUUGUUGAAGGUCUCUAGAGGUUUCAACGAAUCCGCAGACACGUAAUAUGACGUUACACUUCGUAUAAACAAACAAUACAAAUUAUGACGUGGCAAGAUGAUAGCGAGUAUGCCACAAGCGUCCGAAAACGUUUCAGAGAUGUAC